ACGGAGUGAGCGGACAAAAUCAGAAGAAGACGCUUCGUAGACAAGAGGACACACAUGUUAAGCUUUUGAAGUCGCUUUCAACUCAGAGAUAUUUGUUCUUAGCUUUGAUGUAAACUCUCUACACUUUCCAUAUCUUAAGAUGCCGAGGUAUGAGCUGUGUUUGAUCCUGAAGGCGAUGCAGAGGCCGGAGACUGCGGUUGUCCUGCGGCGCACGGUGGAGACUCUGUUCGAGCGCGGCGCGGUGGUCCGGAGUCUGGAGAACCUCGGCGAGCGAAGAUUGCCAUACAAAAUCUCCAAACACGACUGUCGCCACACGCAUGGCGGAUACUUCAACAUCGAUUUCCACGCCUCGCCCAAAAUCGUCAGCGGACUGUUAGAGCAACUUGAACGGGACAUUGACGUUUUGCGUCCCACAGUUUUAAGAAAAGACAUCGAGUUUUCCAAGGCGCAGUGCUGUGGUCCUCCACCCGCCAAUGCAAAGGGUGCCUCGUCGAAUUAAACGACUAUGAAGAUUGCCACAUCUGCUGGAUUAUGGACAUGGACUUUUGCAAUUGGACAAAAUAAUAUAAUUUUCUUUUUGGAGAAGGGCAUUUACUUGAUCUAUUUAUGUGGUACAUGUUUCAUUAAAAUCUCUGUACAUAUGAUCUCCUUUCAAUUUCAUUUUAAAAUAAAUACUGUGCUUCAACUAUUACAAACUCAGAAUAGAAUAUUAAUGCAUUUGAUGAAAAUGAAUAUUAUUGGGACCCCACCCCAUAAAACAGUAUACAAAGUUACUUAAAGUUUUUAUUUUAUUACAUGGCAGUACAAAAGACAAAAAGUAUAUAUAUAUAAAUAAGAGUUAUUUAGCAAACACUUUAUUAUUAGACUAUUAAUACAAAUGAAUAAAUAAAAGUAUAUUUGUGAAGUGUUCUAGAGGAAUGCUAUAACUUAGUGGCUCAUCCAAAGGAAAGAGUAAGAGAAGUGCUGCUCCCAGAACCAAUGUUCACGCACUGGAAAUACUAAUAGUUACCAAAAAAAAAACUUUGAAUGGCAAUGCAGUUGACCAUAUCUAAUCCAGAACUCAGAAAAACUAAGUGUUCCUGGUCCUUAAAGGGAUAGUUCACCCAAAAAUUUACAUUCUGUCAUCUUUUCUCACCCACAUGCCAUCCAAGAUGUGUAUGACUUUCUUUCUUCAGCAGUACACAAAUUAAGAUUUUUAGAAGAAUAUUUGGACAGUGAACAAUGGAAGUGAAUGGAGGCCAAAACUUUUAAGCUCCAAAAAGCACAUUAAGGCAGCAUAUAAGUAAUCCAUAAAGCCCAAAGUGUGCUUCGAGCAUUGAAUGUGUGCGCAGCCCGAUUUUUCUAACGAGCUAAUUGCACAUGCAUUUUGUUACUCUUCUGACUAGUUUUAAUCAAGUUACCAUUACUCUAUAAACCCUAAAGUUGUCAUUGUCAGUCAUCCAUUAUCAGAAAGCAUGGUAUCUCCUUCCACUUCUAUUCUGAUGACACUCAAAUCUACUUGCCAGUUAAACGAAAUGAUCACAUUGCAUUAUAAUCUCGUCUAGCUUGCCUGGAGGAAAUUAAAGGUCGGCUAGCCAAAAACAUUUUUGUUUUUGAAUAAAGAUAAGACAGAAGGGAUCGUCUUUGGUUCCACAGAUCAUUUUGAUGUCAGUAAUGCUGAUUGUGGAAAUCUCAAUGAGAUUUUUCCUCUCUCCUCAAGUACGGAACCUGGGUGUCCAGUUUGAUAGCCAGCUGAAAUUUGACAAACAUAUUGAUGAUGUCAUAGGUUCCAGUUUCUUUCAGCUACGUCUACUCUCUAAAGUUAAACCCUUUUUGUCAGAGAAAACAUUAGAGAUAGUAGUUCAUGCUUUCAUCACUUCUCAUCUGGAUUACUGUAACUCUCUCUAUUGUGGAAUUUCCAUAUCUCUUAUUGCUCGUCUUCAAUUAUUUCAAAAUGUAGCAGCAAAAUUUCUAAAAGGAGGUCGGAAGUACAAUCAUGUUACCCCCAUUUUAAAAUCACUUCACUGGCGGCCGGUUCAAGCUAGAAUAGAUUUAAAAAUUCUAUUGUUUAUUUAUAAAUCAUUACACAACUAAGCUCCCAGUUACUUAUCAGACUUACUACAUCCUUACAAUCCACAUAGAAGUCUGAGAUCCGGUGAUCAACAUCUCCUCGAUGUCCCACGCUUGAGGCUAAAGCGUAGAGGAGGGAGAGCCUUUUCGGUUGUGGGUCCUAUUUUAUGGAAUGGUAUCAGAUUGUCACCUUCAUCAUCUGUUUUUAAAUCUUCUCUUAAAACUCAUCUCUUUUCACUGGCUUUUAAUAGCAUGUAAUGUCUUGGUCUUAAAUUGUUGUGUGUUUUUAUUAUUUUGUAUUGUACAGCACUUUGGUCAGCCUUGAUGCAUUUUUAAAUGUGCUUUAUAAAUAAAAGAACUUGACAUUAAUAAAAACAAUCUAGUGGUCCAAAUAAAACAUAACUUGAAAUGUUAAGUUUUGAAUCAUAACUCAAAUAGAUGCUCCUUAAACUUUGCUUCAAGUACUACUAUCUCAAAAUUAUGAAUCAAAUCUACCACUGAAGUCAGCCAUGGCAAAUUAUUAAUUAAUUCCAUGUUCAAUAACGGGCAUUAUUUAUUUAUAUUUUUGAUUUUUUUUCCUUUUUCUUCCCAAUUUGGAAUGCCCAAUGCGCUCUUAAGUCUUCGUGGUGGCGUAAUGACUCCCCUCAAUCUGUGUGGCGGAGAACGAAUCUCAGUUUCCUCAUCUUAUCACAUGGCUUGUGGAAAAAUACUAAUAAAAACAAAAAGGAGUGAUUUGUAAAUUAUAAUUACCAUUUGCUAUAUUGAAAGCACUACAGCUAAAGUACAUGUUUUACCUUGUGAAUUUCAUUGUUCUUUUUUUUUUUUUAUUUUUAUGUACAGUCAUUCCAAAUCAGAUGAUUGCAACACCCUCCAAAAACGUUGGGACAGUCGGGUGUUUACCACUGUGAAACAUCACCAUUUCUUCUAAUAACACUUAUUAAGCAUUUGGGCACUGAAGACACAAUUUUGUUAAGUUUAGAAAGUGAAAUUUCCCCCCUCAUCCAUUAUGUAGGUCUUCAGAUGCACAAUUGUGCGGGGUCUUCGUUGCCAUAUGGUGUGCUUCAUAAUGCUCCACACAUUCUCAAUUGGAGACAGGUCAGGACUGCAGGCAGGCCAAUCUAGCACCCACACUCUCUUCUCACACAGCCAUCCACUUGUAAUUUGGGCAGUAUGUGGUUUGAAGUUGUCCUUCUGGAAAAUGCAGGGACGUCUCUGGAAAAGACGCUCAAAAUAUUUACAUAGCUUUCUGCAUUCAAGGUGUUCUCACAGAUGUGCAAGUUACCCAUGCCAUGGGCACUGACACACCCCUGGACCAUACAGACACUGACUUUUGGGCCUGAUGCUGAUAACAGCUCAGAUGGUGCGCACAUAAUGCAUCAUUCACGCACAUUCAGAUAAAGUUUACAUUUCUAAAAAAAUGUGUCACAAACAGAGCUUAAUAAAUUGUGGUGUGAGAUUUGUGAGGCUUGCUUUUCCAUCACCUAUGGAGGCCGCACCGAUAUUGCGCAGCAUGUUCAUACAAAAAAGCAUGGAUGCUGCUAAAAGUAAGUGUGCCACACCAAGUGUUAGCAAUUGCUUUGUGAAACAAAGUUCAGAAUCUGACAAGAUGCAUGCAAGUGAAGGAUGUUUUGCUUAUCAUUCUGUUGUGCAUGGCCAUAACUUUGCACAUUCAUGACCUGAGAAAAGUCUUGCAGGCCAGACUGGAGGUAUCAUUCUUACCCUCUGACAUUAAAAAGCAGUUGAAUGCCCUGGUUAUAGCUGGUGACAUGUGAGCGGAUGAUUUCUUUUGUGCAGUGAGAAACAUUUAUUCAGCAUCGGUGGAUUACCUCCAAAGCCGCUCAUUGGAGAACACAAAAAAACUUGUUUGGGCCCUACUGAGAAACAUGCCAGAGUGGAAAGACAUUCAGAGCAGCAUCUAACA